AGUGAAACAUCACUCACUCGUUACUGUCAAGCUGCAAAUUCGAUUUGGUGGUAUUAGAUUUGGUCCAUCUAUCUGGCAUUAAGCGUUUUUUUUUUAAUAACCACUGGUCAUUAAGUGUUAAAAUGUGGAGCGAUUCCUUGCUUAUUGUAUUUAUUUCUAUAUGUACGGCGUUCUUAGGAGAAGGUUUAACAUGGAUACUGGUAUAUAGAACAGAGAAAUAUCAAAAGCUUAAAGUCGAGGUAGAACGUCAGAGUAAAAAAUUGGAGAAACGUAAAGAAGCGCAUGGAGACUCAUUGGAUAAACAACAUAAAAAGAAAAUUGAAAGGGAGGAAGAAAGACUCAAAAACAACAACAGGGACCUGUCAUUGGUCAAGAUGAAAUCAAUGUUUGCGAUUGGUUUUGCAUUUACAGCCUUACUUAGCAUGUUUAAUAGCAUAUUUGAUGGGCGUGUUGUAGCUAAGCUCCCAUUCUACCCUAUCUCAUGGAUUCAAGGACUGAGCCACAGGAACCUGCCCGGUGAUGACUAUACUGACUGCUCUUUCAUUUUCUUGUACAUAUUGUGUACUAUGAGUAUAAGACAAAAUAUCCAGAAGCUUUUAGGAUUUGCCCCAUCGCGAGCUGCAUCAAAACAAGGUGGAGCUCUGUUUGCCACACCACCUGCUCAGUUCAAGUAAAAAUAGUUUUUUUGUCCAAGAAAUUAUGUCUUAACUGUUGAGUUAAAAGUUAUAGAAUAAAUCAGCAUUUAUUUAUUGA